AGACAAUAUUCUAAUUUUCGUUAUACUGCCCUUUUAUAUGCCUUAAAAUUUCCAUUUUCUCAUGAUAUUGGAGCAGAAGAAUAUGCAAUAUAUCCUAAUGCUAAAAUUUUUAUAUUUAAAAUAAAGGCAU